GCAGCACAUCCACAUAAUGUUCGUGCCAUGCGGCCUGCAUUGUGGCCCGUGCCGCUUGCUACUGGCAUCCUGCAGGUGCCAUUGGUGCGAUGGGAGCCGCCUGUCCAUCACUUCAGUCUGGGGGAUGGAUUCGCUUGGGAAGCUGCACAGGUAGAUGCCGUGAAUGCAGUGAGCGGAGGCGAUGUUAGGAAUGACACCAGCGAAGCCAAAGUCGAAGCCAACAUCGAAGCCAAUGCAGCUUCGAGGUUGUGGACCCAGUGGAUGGUUUCCAGCCCGCACGGGCUACCCCAACCAGAAGAAGUAGCAUUGUGGGACUACAAGGACAUUCUUUACACAACCGAAUUGAAGGUUGGUCCUGCAGGCAACCCUUUGCGUGUUAUGGUUGAUACUGGAUCCAGUAAUCUGUGGCUGAAGCAAUCUAUGGUUAAGACGGCCGAAGUGACAGACUAUGAGGCACAUGUCACCUAUGGUUUGGGAGAUGUUUUUGGGAAAGCUGCAACGGAUCGAAUGUGUCUCGCCGCCCUUUGUGUGUGGAAACAGACUUUCCUUCUCGCUUUCGAGAUCAAGGGCAUGGGUCGGAAUUCGGAUCUGUUCGAUGGAAUUCUCGGCAUGGCAUUCCCUCGGAUGUUGGAUAUUGGCAGCCGAACGUUCUUUCAAGAUCUAGGUGUGGCAGGAGGCUUCAGCAACCCAGGCUUCGGCCUUGUGUUGCGUGACUCUCACCAUCAUAGCUUCCUUACCAUAGGGGAAGUACCUGACUUGAUCCAGGAUGCACAGGAAAAGGCGUCCACAAAAGGUGUAACUUUGGAUGUCCAUGGGUUUGAAACCCUUGCGCAGCAAGAGCAAGGACAGCAAGGGCAGUUACUAUUUUGGCUGGUUGCGAUGGAUCUUCGUGUGCACAUGGUGACUUCAACUGGAUUGCUUCUGGAAUUGACCGGUUAUGGGAUCGUCGACUCAGGGACAUCUUUGUUGCUGUUGCCGAUGCCCGCAUACAACCAAGCCUUGUGGGCCUUGACAUUUGGAUUGCCGAAGAUUCAUUUUCAUCAUGGUCUUGUGCCCUGCGAUGGCACAAGACUGAACCAGCUAGUCUUUCACUUUCCUGGAAGAGAUGGGGAGCUGCUUCUCAGUUUGUCAACAGAAGACAUUCUUCUACCCGCAGGAAAAUCACCGAAUGGCCACGAACUGUGCAAGAUUGGGAUUUCACCUCUGCAGGAUGAUGGCAAGACCUUGCCUCAUAUGAUUCUUGGAGACGUUUUUCUUCGGAAGGUCUCUUCAAUCUUUGACCUGCAAGGUGCAACUGUCACUUUUGUGCCUGAAGGAAGUCCUGAAGUUAAGGGAAAGGGGCUGGACAGACUAAAUGCUGAUCCGCCUCUUGCAGAGCCAGACGCAUUAGUGAUGACUAUGCUGGUAGUCUUCGUGUCAGUUGCAGUUGUAACAUUUGUGGCUGUUCUGUUGGUCAGAAGAGCCCAAGACCAUAUCUACUAUGUACGGCUUUCCAACUAGUCUGGCAUGGCGGAGUCUGAAGGAAGGCGUGCUGAAAUGUAUUGAAAGUGUGACUCCUGAUGAGAGACAAU